GUUAUGAUGAGAUUUUCAAUCUCAAAAUUUGAAGAUUAGUUUGGAGAUCUAUUUUUUCUUUCAAUUUUUUUAUUUAUCAAAUUGUAGGCUGAUUCGGUUUAAUUCUGAACUAAAACAACCCCACUUGUCUUGUAAAUUGUAAUCUAAAAAAUGAGUUGGGAAUUACUUUGACUCGAUUAGUGACAACUUAUAUGAUUUUAUAUUUUUCUCUCACUCUCUGUUAGAGAUGGCAACGAAACUUCCUCUAGGCGGCCAAACCAUUGCCUGGAAGCUGCACAUGGCGAAAAAGUCCAAAUAAUUCCAGAACAAAGAUCAUCUUUUGAUCUUUCUUCCAUCUUUCCCCAUUAAAAAAAAAAUAAAACUUUGGAGGAACCCAUUUCAAGUUUCUCCUCUACCUAUAAUGGGUAGUUAAUGCUUCACCUGUUUAGUACCUGAUUCAAUCUACUCCCUUCCGAAAUUCCUCUCUUUCUGUGUUCCUUCUUCUGGGGUAGUAAUCAAUCAUGGCGGGAAUGUUGCCCGGCGUGGAAUGCGCUCGGAGAAGACGGCUCCGCCCAACCGCCGGCGAUUCUCCCGGCGGAUCUCGGAGGUCCUCGCUCGGUUUGUACGCCACCAACUACGAAGCCUCUUACUCUUCUUUCACUUCAUCGCAGAGAAGCGUGCAGAUUGAGACCAAAGAGGAUGAGAAGCUGAGAGGAGUAGCCAGAGAAGCCAAGGAAAGACUGGACGAGAGGCUUAGAUUGCAGAGGAAAUCGUCGGAUUCCAAAAGACAAAACGUGGAUUCGGGAACUAAAUCGUCGACAUUUGGGAAACUUAGGAUGAUUGUGGCUAAUUGGCGCCCGUCGUGUGAGGGAACGUACGCGUGAAGGCGGCGUGGCAGUGGUCCGGCGAGUCGGGAGGGCGGUGGUUCCGUGGUGGUGAUCGUCAGUGCGGAAAUGGGUGAAAGGAGGCGGGAGGAUAUCGGACGGCGAUCGAUGGCUGCAGUUAGUUUUUUUUCCCACUGGUAAACGGGAAACGGCGGUAAGCAAUCGUCGGACCGACUUGAGAUUACAAUGCUCAAAAGCCCAAUGGGCCAGUUCGCUUGCCAUCUCUCGCGAGCCUACCAACCCGCUUGUGGACCACCAAAAGCCCAACCCAUGAAUUUUAAUCAUAUUUAUCAAUUGAGGGGCAUGGUGAUUAGGAUGUGGUCAAUUGUUUGUUAUCUCGUGGAAGUAGGGAGGCGUAUUUUCGUGUGCACCUUAAUCAGUAUUAGUUUAUCAGUUAAAUUGUAACGAUUACAAUGUAUUUAAACAUUGAACUAUCAUACAAGAUUAAAAACGAUUCAGAAUUAAGACUCCUUUACUGAUGACAAUGAUCAACCAAACAUUGACAUUUUUCUUCGAGACAAUGGUUUGAAAUUAAUUUUUGAAAAGAAGCAAAGUGACACACAUUGACAUAUUUUCAUCUUCAUCAUAAGAAGGGAAAAUUGCACUUGAUAUUAGCCCUUGGUUUAAUCAAAAUGCUAUACAAGGGUCUCACCAUGUUUUUUCAUGGCAGGUUAAGCUCGAACAAGUCUACAAAUAUGUCAACUCUACAGUUGAGUGUAUGGUGUAGCCAGUUCACUCAGUUAUGUUUAAUAAUAUCAAUUCACCUUAUAACUUUCUUAGAUAUUGGGUGUAUUUUGAUUAUAUUGGAAUUGAAACUCAUACAUUUUAUUUAAUGAACAAAUGUUAGAACGCCCCGUGAGCGUCACAAAAGAAGAGAGAAGGCCUCAGUAGACUACAAACCUCAACCCCGAUCAACAAACUUUUCCAAUAGGUUAUGUUAUUGGAAUGAACUAAGUUCUUCUAUCAUUGCAACUAGUUUAUGAUUGACGAUGUGAAUGGUAGAAACUUGCAUCGACCCUCGGCUCCGAAACAAAAAGUCCAUGACAUGAGAAUCACAAUUCCACAAACCCUAGUGAGGGGGUGAAGAACAAUGGAAUAGUAUGAUAUGAGAUACUGACUGAUCUCUAGUUUGGUCCACAUAUGCUUCACUUGUUUGGUUGUGCAUUAUAUGGUUACUUGGGAGAUCAAUAAAUAACCAACCACUCCUUCGUAGCUCCUUGUCUCUCUUAACCACAUAAUUCAAAAACCACAGCAACACACUAGGACCAUUAGAGAAAGAGGAAAUUCACAGUCAUCGGUAAUUUUCCGGCGAUAGUAUAAAAGUUGACACAUAAUUUACGACAAAGAACAAAACUGUACAAUGCAGACACCACACAACUCUCAAAAAAGAGAUUUAAUUGUGCUUGGUAAAUGAUUGGAAUGCAAAAAGAUUAGGGAAGCCAGAAGAGGAUCAAGGAAGAUAGACACAUCCUUUUCUGUUGUUAUUUUGGCUCAUCACAAGAAAAGUGUAAGGAUUAU